UCCAGCUCAUAUUAUACAUCCAUGAGAAAACCACAGUACACUUUCUAGUUUCCGCUGGUUGCCUGGCAACUGGACGCUCCCUGUUUCCUGUCUUUGUGCUAAGCUAAAGCUAACCAGGUAUCCAGCUAACUUACAUGAGACUGGUAUCUUCUCUCGGCGGGAAAGCCUGUGAGUGCCUCCUGUCCAAUUGAGAUAAUUCCUCCUAGAGUUGUGGUGAGAUAUGGAGACCCCAUCUCAGUCAACUGCAGCUCACCAUCGAACCAGAUAGAAGGAAUGGGCUGGGAGUCACCAUAUGAAGGCGUUCCUCUGACACAGGGGGUCUCUUUUCUUCCCCUACAAAUAAAGUCCUUGAAAGCCUGGGAACUAGAGCCAAAGUGCUACAUCAAUUUCAAUUCUGGGGACCAGUGUUUAGAAUCCCUAUCAGUCACCGUUUACAGAAAGGCAGACAGUGUGUCUAUGACUCCGCCAAGUAAAACGGGCCACAUGGUGGAGGGCAAAAAUUAUCGCAUGCAGUGUGACAUUGCUAAUGUUGCACCAGCAAGGAACCUGUCUGUGUAUUGGUUCAAAGGAAAUGAGAUAUUAAGAAAUGAGUCAUUUGACAAGGAGUCAAAUCUAUCUCCAGUCAAUCUGUCAUCUGUCCUCAAUCUGACGGCCCAUAGAGGUGAUAAUGGAAGUCACAUCCGGUGUGAAGCAUGGCUAAACCUUGGGCCAGCGGGACCUAAUCUUGUGUUGCGAUCAAAGUCACAUGAUGUGACUGUACUCUACCCACCAGCCUUCGUCAAACCUGAAAAAGAGAAUGUGACACUUAUAGCUGGUGGCAGAAUAAGUUUAAAUUGCACCGCUACAGGAAACCCCAUGCCGUCUUACAGUUGGCAACUCUCACAUGUCAUUCAAGAGGAGAAUAAGAAUCAAGAUGAGAAUCAACCCACUUUGACCAUCUCCUACCCAGGGACCUACAACUGCACAGUGUCUAAUACCCAGGGCACCAAAACCAAAUAUUUCACUGUCACCGGAGCUGAAAGGAAUUACACGACCCUUGCAGCCAUGAUCGGAGUAUUUCUGACCCUGGCAGCCCUGCUCUUCCUUGGCGGGUAUUUUUUCGUGACACAGGACGGCACAUUUUCCUUCUGCAAAGGCAGCUAUAUCAGAGGACAGCCUACCUCGUCAGGAGCUAUAUGAGGAACUCUUUUUUUUUCUUUUUUUUUUUAAUUCAAUUUUGCAUGGCUUUGCAAUGAAAUGGUACCUUUUUUUUAAAUGUUUUUUUGUGCUUGGAGAAGCACGAUAAAUUAUGGUCUGUUCCGCAUGCUCAGCUUGUGGGUUGCUGCUCAUGUUUGUCCACUGUCACUUUAGAAUGCACGAUCCUAUCAGCUGUCUUUAAAUCUCAACUAAUCCGUAUUGUUCAAUUAACAAACAUUAUGGUAACACGCACUCAAGAAACCAGGAUAUGCAGAUAAUGGGAGAAUUUGUUUACAUGCACUGAAGUAACCUGGUUACUGUAAUGCAUUUAUACAUGCAGCAGGUCAGUAAUUCGAUUUCUCCAUUACACCAACCUUAUUUCCUGACUUUCGCCUUUGGUGUACAGUACCAGUCAAAAGCACACUCUCCCAUUCCCUUGAAUGAAAAAGUGUGUCCAAGCUUUUUCACUGGUAUUGUAUGUGUCGAAGCAGAGGACAGACAGCUUUCCUUGACAGCGUGAAUGUGUCUGCAUUUCACAAAUAGUCAAAUGUUCAUCAGAGGAAAUUGACUCGUGGAGUUCAGAGGCUACUUGUGUUCAUGUCAGUUUGGGAUAAAAUUACUUUGAAUAGGAGGAUGCAUCUGUGCGUGUAGCUGUCUCUCCUUUGAUCCUACUGCGCUGUCGUCACAGUGAUACUUCCCUGAACUCUUUCUCAUGCCCAUGCACAGUUCACACAUAUUAAAAGCAGCUUAGAAACUUGGUUACACACAUAUAUGGUCAAGAAAUUGGCUUUCUCAAGGAUAAAAUCUAGCUAGGGGAAGUCGGGUUUCUUUAAUCCUCUACUCCAAUUACUUAUACUUGAAAGCCAGCUGUAACCCAGUUACGCAAGUGCAUGUAAACACACUGAGUGAAUGUGUCAUUGUUGUAUCCAGAGUAUUAACACACUACUCUCUACUGAGCUUUUUAGCUUCUUUUAGGUCAUUGUUUUGGUUUUAUUGUCUGCGUGUUUAAUGUAUGGUUCAAUCUGAAGUGCUCUGCAGCAGCAGCAGGCAGCUGUUUCAGACAAACAAGGCUCUGAUAAACCCACUGCGCACCGACACCAAAUACAAGACACAGUUAGCGACUAAAUGGUGAUGAAAUUUAAACAUGGAAAAGGCCCACAUAGCCUAUAUUUGUAAGGAGUUGGUAUAGAUCUUAGACUGCAUGGUGGAGACUAAAUCAGAUAUGAAAGGAGUAUGUGUAUUGGACACAUUAGCCAUAAUAGGUUUUAGAAGGCCACAACAGGUCAGGACACUGGGUUUGUCAGCUUGUUGUAGAGUUCUUCUGCUUCCAAGGGGCCAAAAUAAAACACUAAUGCUUUGCAAAUGCCUUUUUGGUCAGUAGCUGCCCUCCUCUGGAAAAAGGUCUGUUUUUUAUUACUGAAAAUGUCUGAUGAUAAGUCAUAGGAAAUAUAUUAGUGGGUAUUUCUUGACUGUACUGCUUUAACAGCCAUUGUUGUCUUAUUGCUUGCAUUAUUUCCUUGUUACUUAUCCUUUUUUUCUUUCUAUAAGCAACACAAGAGCUCUAACCCCACACAAAAACAAAUUUAAAGGUAAAAAUUGAUUUUCUCCUUCUCAUGUUUUCAUCCACUCAGGUAAAUGGUGCUCAUUUUUUACCGCAUGCUUACCAGACACUCAAUAAUACAGGUAUAGUAAAUACUUGAGAGUGUUCUGAACUAUAAUGUAUUUCUGUUUAGGUGUUUGUGUGAUUAUCAUUUUUGGUAGAUGUACUUGGGAAAACUUAUGCUCAUUUCUAGCUGUGUAGAAUUGUUUUAGAUUUAAGAUUUUUAUGCGCAUUGGUACAGUUUCUGGGAUGUUUAAUUAUUUUUUGCACUGAAAAGACUGACCACUCUGUGAUGUGCCUGCAAUUUUAGAUAUAGACAUUCAGGUGUUUUAUUGAAAUUACCUGGCUAUGAGCCACCAAUAGGUGAUUUCCAUCAGUAUGUUUUUGUUGUUGUGAAAGUUGAAUUGAUUGAAGAAGGGAACGUUUGUGUGAGAGAAGUUUUACGCGGAAUUUAACUUAAAAUGUUACUCUAUUGUGUGCAUGUGCAGCUUGAGCAUAUACAUGAGUUGUUAAAUUAAGCCAACUUCUCUGUCAGAAUACUGAUUGAGGCAAAGUCAAACCAGUGUCUUUCACUACUAUGUUUCCCUGCCAUCUUUUGUCAACCCCUUGCACCUCUCUUUCCCUCAUUCAAUCUGGCUUACAUUAUACAGUUCUGGGACCGCCAUACUAAUUAGCAGUGAACCAAGUGAAUCUAAAGGAGAGUAUUUGCUAUCCUUCCUCCAGUCACUAGUAUAAAACAAUUUUUUUUUUUUUCCUGAAACCGUGUUCUUUAUGUUCAGUCCCUGUCGCUGACACCAAAGGUCUUACCAGAAAGCACUGUUUGUUUAUGCUCUGACUGUGUUGCUAUAACAACCUGGCAGAGGUUACUCAAUUUGUCAUGGAGUUUAAAAAAAGAAAAGUUUUAUUAUAGACGCAUAAGCUGAACAUAUUUCUCUGGAGAACUUGAAGAAGGAGUAGCAUAUUCAAACUGAAGUGAGCAUGUAAUCUGUACAUUGAGAUUCCCAGCUGUGUUCUCCAUGAAUACACCAAAAAAGAAAAAAAAAAAAAAAAACCAACUGAUUAUUUGCUCGCUUGCACUGCAGUUGUGGUCAGAGCUGAUAUGCUGUGUAGCAUUCUGGUCACAGUGUGAGUCCUGCAAGCUACAAGCUGCACAACACCAAUACUCCUGCCUGCUGGGAUUGUACAAAACAUGGAGUUCAGAAGCAAUAGGAGACAAGUAUGCAAGCAGAAGUGAAAACAAACUUUUGUUCACAGCCUGUCAUGAUUUGACAAUCAAAUAAGAGGCAAAUCAUCAUCAGUGGUUUUACAGCAUAUGAUGGCUACGCUUCAGGAUGGACUUUAGAGUGCAAUGAAAACAUCGAACACUUGACAGCAUAAUAAAUAAUUAUGUGGUUUAUCUCCAUGUUCAAAGGUUAUUCUGUCAGUUUAAAAAAGAAGAAGUUUGGGCUACAGAAGUAUUAUGAUUUGAACUUGCUAUAAAUUGUAGUGUUUUGUAAUUAUUAUGAAUAUAUUGAAGAUGUACUAGUGCGAUACUUCAAAAGUGCCAACUAUCCCUUGUGUCAACCACAUUUUGCUCUGCUUAGAUAACAAUAAAGCGGAUACUAGUACUGUGUAGUGUUGCCUGUCUUCAUUAUUUCUGUUUGCUGUGGUAUUUGUAGGCCAUGAUUUCCUGCCAAAAAAUGGCCAAAGGCUCACUGAACUACAAAGGACUGGGCUGUCUCUUUUUUUUCAGAGGCCUACCACCUGUUAAAUUUCCCUCUUUCCCUUUUACCCCCACCCCCAAAGUCAGCUGGGAUGAAGGGGGCCCUUUUGUUCCAACAUAGUUCCCUGCAGAGUUGCCAAGCUUGUUCAAGUUGGAAUUUUCUUUCCCUGGCUCCUUAAUCGACGGCUCUCUGCAAAAAAUAACAUGGGAGACAAGUUUCUGAAGUGGAUUCUGACGCUUUGCAUGUUUUACUCAGUGUCAGGUGAUGGUUGCUCCUUAAUCCUCAAGCCCUCCAGGGUUGUGGUGGGCUUUGGGGAGCCGGUGUCAGUCAGCUGCGAAGCCGCUCGCCCAGUACGUGUUCUGGGCUGGGAGUCGGCCAUCAGUGCUGCACACACUCAGCAGGAACUGUCUGUCCAGUGGAAAGUAGACAGUCUCAUUGAUUGGAUAGAGGAGCCCAUCUGCUAUGGGGUGUUCUUCACAGCUCCACGACAGUGUGAGGAGAAACUCAACCUUGUCCUCUACAAAACCCCAGACAGCGUCUCCAUCAGGCCUGUGAACCACACUGGCCCCAUGGCGGAAGGAAAAGAGUACCAGCUGCUCUGUGAGGUUCAGAAUAUUGCUCCUGUGCAGUACCUCACCCUGAGGUGGUACAGAGGGCAGACCGAGGUUUAUAACCACUCCUUCUCUGACCUUACAUCUUCCUCGCCUGUCCAAGUGUCUUCUAUCCUCCUGAUCACGCCAACCAAAGCUGACAAUGGAGCACAGUACAGGUGUGUAGCAGAGCUGGAGCUCGGACCAGAGGGACCACAACCACCUCCCACUGUGACCUCGGAGCCUCUUAAUGCCUCUGUGUACUUUCCCCCAACGUUCCUCAGUCCUGAACCAGAAAUAGUGGACCUUACAGUGGGUAGUGAAAUUACUUUAAACUGCACCGCCACAGGAAAUCCCACACCUGUAUACAGCUGGCAGUCCUCCCAUCCCAUGCAGGAGAGGAUGGAGGAUGAAGCUGUUCUUACCUCCUCCUCACUGCUCCCAGGGACCUACACCUGCACCGCCUCCAAUACGCUGGAGAAGAAGAGCAAGCAGUUCAUUGUCAAGGCCAAGACCAAAGGGGUUUGAAACAAGCGAUCCUGAGACGGGAUCAGAUACCAGGAGAAUGCAACUACGGGGAUUUUACUGUUGCAUCUUUGGAGAAGGAAUGAAAAUGAGUGCAUUCAUGACUCAACAGAUAUUUAUAAGGGUCUUGUUAUCAGCACACACUAGAUCUCAAAGAAAAACACCUGAAUAAACUUUUUUUGGUAAAUAUCAUUUUAAUUUGUCAGUAUUUUAACAUGAAUGGAUUCUGAGAUGAGGUAGAGUGUUGGUUUACGAUAUAGUGGAUGUUGUUCGUGUGAUAUUCUGUUUUGAGAAAUCUAAUUUAUAUUGUCUUUUGCUAGACUUGUUUUCCAUAUUAAUGAAAUCACAUUGUGUAACAUUACAAAUGUGUAGCUACUCUUUAUAUAGCGAUAAUGACUACAUUAUCAUUAAUGUAUGUGGUAAAUUUAAUUAAUUAAGGCCAUUACUGUAAAUAUGAACUGUUUCUUAAUUUGCUUAUCUUUAUGAAUAAAAGUUGAAUUUAAAACAUU